GUAGUGCAGCUGGGCAUAAAGCCUGGGGCACGUUCAAUCUUACACCGGUGCGCAACGUUUUGCUACGGUUUCUGGGUUGAACUACAUGUUUCCUUGAAACAGUGUGCAACGGAAUGCAACAUGUUUUAGAAGUGUUUUCUCUUGUUUGGUGGGUGUGUCAGAAAUGUCAGCCCAAUCAGCGGCAAGAUGUAUAAAACCACGCGAUAGUAAAGAGACAGCUCGCUCAAUGGGUUGGAAUGUUGUCUUUCAUUUUGGACGGCAAGGUCAGUUACUGUAACAUCGAGGGUAUUUUACAGUAGCCUAUAACACAUAUUUAUAACGAUUUCAUCAGGCUUCAGAAACAUUUAAAAAAGAACACAAAGAAUGGCCUCUCAGCUGCCGUAGUUGCAACUCUUGCGUCAUUACAACAGGGUGUUCAAUGCAUCACCGUUUCAGUUUAAUAAACGUUGUGCAACGUUUUGUCGGGGCUGAACGCAGCCCUGUUGUGGCUACAAUAAGAACUUAGAAAACAUGAUAUCAUGUACAGUAGCUGACAUUUUCAUAAUGAAUUCAUUUAAAAUUUUGCAUUAUCUGUAGUUUAAACUUUUAUUUACUUUUUUCUAUUUCAAUUGUAAAUUGUAUGUGUAAAUAUCUCACUACUAGAGGACAAACACUCGUACAGGCUUGAAUGCUCAAUCAAUUAUGACACAAAUCAGAGCUAUUUCAUCUGUAAUUCACUUAAAGAAUUAUUACAACCCCAAAAAUGUAUUAAUUCAUAAAUCAAGGCCAAGCAUUUUCACACUAAUCAGACUGUGACUUUCUGUGUGAGACUGACAUCUAGUGGACUUGUUUAUUAUGACUGACACACAGGAACCAGGAAAUUACUGUGUACAGGGAAACUGAAACUGUUGGGCUGUUGUUUGUUUCGUCUUCUUUCUGUGAGUACAUACAGUGAAAUGGCAGAAUCCAGUAUUUCAGUGGUUCAGGAUCAGUUCAUCUGUUCAAUCUGUCUGGAUCUACUGAAGGAUCCAGUGACCAUUCCCUGUGGACACAGUUACUGUAUGAGCUGUAUUACAGACUGCUGGGAUCAGAAGAGAGACUACAGCUGCCCUCAAUGCAGACAGACCUUCAAUACAAGACCUGUUUUAAAUAGAAACACCAUGGUGGCUGAAGUGGUGGAGAAACUGAAGAAGACUAAACGGAAAGCUGCUCGUCCUGAUCACUGUGAAGCUGAAGCUGGAGAUGUGAAGUGUGACGUCUGUACUGAGAGAAAACACAAAGCUGUCAAGUCCUGUCUGGUGUGUCUGAACUCUUACUGUCAAAAUCAUUUUAAACUUCAUGAAGAACUUCACUCAGGAAAGAGACACAAAGUGACAGACGCCACUGGACGACUUCAGCAGAUGAUCUGCCCUCAACAUGAGAAACUUUUAGAGAUUUACUGUAAAAAUGAUCAACUCUGUAUAUGUUAUCUGUGUAUGCUGGAUGAACACAAUGAACAUAAGACUGUAUUAGCUGCAGCAGAGAGGACUGAUAAACAGAAAGAACUGAAGGAGACACAGAGAAAAUACCAGCAGAGAAUCCAGGAGAGUCCGAAGAAGCUUCAGGAGCUGAGAGAUGCUGUGGAGACUCAUAAGCGCUCUGCACAGACAGCAGUGGACGACACUGAGAGGAUCUUUACUCAACUGAUCCAAACCAUUGAGAGAAGACGAUCUGAGGUGAUACAGCUGAUCAGAGAUCAGGAAAAGACUGCAGUGAGUGAAGCUGAAGGACUCUUGAAGCGACUGGAGCAGGAGAUUGAUGAUCUGAGGAGGAGAGACGCUGAGCUGGAGCAGCUUUCACACACAGAUGAUCACAUCCGUUUCCUCCAGAGUUUUCAGUCUCUCUCUGUUCCUCCUGGAUCUUCAGACUCACUCAGCAUCACUGUCAGCUCUCUCAUCUCUUUUGAUGAUGUAGGAAAAUCUGUGUCUCAUCUGAGAGAGAAACUGGAGGAUUACUGUAGAGAAGAGAUAGAGAAGAUAUAUGAUAAAGUUAUUCCUGAACCAGAGACCAGGGAGCAGUUCCUAAAAUAUUAUCAUCACUUCACUGCAGAUCCAAACACAGCAUAUAAAUAUCUCCGUCUGUCUGAGGGGAACAGAGUGAUUACUAACACUGCCACAGUCCAGCAGUAUCCUGAUCAUCCAGACAGAUUUUUUAAUUGUGAUCAGGUGUUGUGUAGUGAGAGUGUGAGUGGACGCUGUUACUGGGAGGUUGAGUGGAGUAGUUGGGUGGAUAUAUCAGUGUCAUAUAAGAGCAUCAAGAGAAAAGGAGGUAAUGAGUGUUUGUUUGGACGUAAUGAUCAGUCCUGGAGUUUGUUCUGCUAUGACUCCAGUUGUUCAUUCAAGCACAAUAACAAUCAAACUGAACUCCCUGUAGUGUCCAGAUCUUCUAGAAUAGGAGUUUAUGUGGAUCACAGUGCAGGAUCUCUGUCCUUCUACAGCGUCUCUGACACAAUGACCCUCAUCCACAGAGUCAACACCACAUUCACUAAACCUCUCUAUCCUGGGUUUUUUGUUUAUCGUGGAUCAGUAAAACUGUGUGAUCUAACAAUAUAGAUUAGAAUCAGAAUCAA